AUGAAGGAAGAGGAAGUAAACCGAUGCCAGAUUCAGAACUGGUACCCGAAAUUCAGAUCCUUAACCAUCAAAACCAAAUUCCACAAACUCCCAGAGACAUUCAUCAGCUACCUCGUCGACGAUCCCAAUCCGUUUUUCCUCCCCGACUCCGUAACAAACGAGGACGCAAUGCCCAACAGAGUCCACAACCCCGACGAACAAGACGACUUCCAAGUCUCCGAAGGAUCAGACGACGAAGCAGAGCCGCCGCAAUCGAAACUCCCUUCGUUUCCGCAGCUCGAAAUCGAGAUCAAGCAAUCAAUCGAAACCCUAGGCGGCUCAAUCCUCCCGAAGCUGAAUUGGAGCGCACCGAAAGACGCAGCUUGGAUCAGCCCGUCGCAGAAUCUCCGCUGCACUUGCUUCAGCGAGAUCGCUCUCUUGUUCCGCUCCUCAGAUUCGCUUCUCCAUGACCUCUGCAACGCUUACGAUUCGUGUGACGACAAAACCUCGUCAAGGCCACAGAGCUUCUUCCUCGCGUUGAGAAAAUGGUAUCCUUCGUUAAAGCCUGAGAUGGAAUUUAGAUGCUUCGUCAAAUCGAACGAGCUUGUUGGGAUUUGCCAGCGUGAGGUUACAACGUUUUACCCUGUUCUUGUCGAUGAGAAGGAUUUGGUCAAAGGAUUGAUUGAAGAGUUCUUUGAUGAUAAGAUUAGGAUGGAGUUUGAAUCGGAGAAUUAUACGUUUGAUGUUUAUGUGACCAAGGAGAGGAAGGUUAAGCUGAUUGAUUUUAAUACUUGGUGUGGCUCUACUUUGCCGUUGAUGUAUACUUGGGAAGAGCUUGAGGAGAUUGAAGGUGGUGGAGAAUGUAGUGAAUUGGAAUUGAGGAUUGUUGAGAGCCGUCGUAGCGUGCUUCCUGGUUUGAAGACGGCUGUUCCUUAUGAUUAUAUUGAUAUGAGUUCUGGUAGUGGUUGGGAUCAGGUUAUUAAGAAAGCUGAAGAGCAGUAUCAGGAAGAGAAUCAGGGAUCGGACGAAGUUGCUUGA